AUGCCCACACAAUCGGCACACGAAAUGGUCAACCUGCGUACUCAGAAGCGUCUUGCCUCGUCCGUCCUGGGCUGUGGCAAGAACAAGAUCUGGCUGGACCCCAACGAGGUCUCGGAGAUCUCCAACGCCAACUCCCGCAUGACCAUCCGCAAGCUCGUCUCCGAUGGCCUGAUCAUCCGCAAGCCCGCGACCAUGCACUCGCGGUCGCGUGCCCGUGAGCUGAACCUGGCCCGCCGCAUCGGCCGUCACCGUGGCUUCGGUAAGCGGAAGGGUACCGCUGAUGCCCGUAUGCCUGAGCAGGUCCUUUGGAUGCGCCGUCUCCGUGUCCUCCGCCGGUUACUAGUUAAGUACCGCGCGUCGGGCAAGAUCGACAAGCACCUGUACCACGAGCUGUACCACCUGGCCAAGGGUAACACCUUCAAGCACAAGCGCGCGCUUGUUGAGCACAUUCACCGCGCCAAGGCCGAGCAGGCCCGCGAGAAGCAGCUGAAGGACGAGAUGGACGCCAAGCGCGCCAAGACCAAGGCCGCACGCGAGCGGAAGCUGGAGAGACAGACCGCCAAGCGGCAGGCGAUUCUGGGCGAGGACGAGGAGUAA